AUGCCUAGCAAGCAAUUACGAGAUCCAAAAUAUAGACCGACAGAAGUGAUCAAACAAUGUCAAGAAAAAGGCCGACCAGCAUAUAUUGCAGGACCUAUGGUUCGUUACUCAAAGCUUCCAUUUCGUGAGUUGUGUCGCUUUUAUGAUGUGGACAUUGUAUAUACACCAAUGAUUUUGGCACGAGAAUUUGUUCGUAACGAGGUUGCAAGGUCCACUGAUUUUACAACAAAUGAUUCAGACAAAUGUGUGAUUGUACAGGUGGGGGUAAAUAAUGUUGACGAUUUCAUGAAGUUUAUUGAAAUGAUCCAUCCUUUUGUUGAUGGUAUAGGUAUCAACUGUGGAUGCCCCAUCAAGGAACAAGUCAGAGAAGGCAUUGGUGCAGCUCUCAUGUCAGACCCCGACCUAGUUGCUGAGCUAAUCAAAACUGCCAAAGACAAGUAUGGAGACUCGAUAUGUAUUGAUACGAAAAUUAGAAUUCACAGAGAUAUAAACCAAACGAUAGACUUUGUCAAUAAGGUGGUGGAAGCGGGCACAGACACGUUAACGGUUCACGGGAGAACGAAAAACACGAGAUCAAGUGUACCCGUAAACUUGGAUGCCAUUAAAAUAAUUAGAGAAAAUGUAACGACUAUACCGGUUAUUGCCAAUGGGGACUGCUUCACUUUGACAGAUUUCCAAAAAAUUGUCGACUACACAGGUGUAGACGGUGUUAUGUCUGCGCGAGGGGUGUUGGCUAAUCCUGCUCUAUUUACUGGUUUGGAUAAAACCCCCUGGAGUGCUGUUGAGAUGUUUUUGCAUUUGGUGACAGCAUAUGGUUUGCCGUACAAACUUGCACAAUACCAUUUAGCCAAAUUAAUGGAAGACGUUAUACCGAGAAAAUAUGUGAAAGCAAUAAAUGAGAAAAAGAAUAUGGUCGACAUAAUAGAUUACUUGGAUGAACAUUUUGAUCUAAAACGAAAAGGCGAUAAAGGCUUUGCAACCAGAAUAGAACCGCCUUGGAAAAUCGAGUUAAAAGUAUAA